GUCUCAGAAAUACGUGCUCGCCGCCACGGAGCAUGGCCAAGCGCCGCCUCUGAAGUUCGUCCAGAACCACUGUUUAAAUUCACUACCAGAACAUCCCAUUUCUCUCUUUAACUGUAUCUUCAUUAAUGGCUAAUCAAUAUUGCAAACGCUUCUUUCGCCAGCUUUAUAAUACGAACAUUUUGAUUAGAAGGCAGAAACUUUUUGGUAGAGUUGUGAAUGGUAUACUUAACCGCUGUCAGUCACAAUGGUCAAACUCAGAUGGAAUGAAAGAACUCAAUAAAGAGAAAGAGGCAAAAACAGUGGCUCAAGUUUCUUUGAAGGCUGAAGUUGAUAAGAAGGCCGUAUCCGAUGCCGAUACCAGGUUUUUCAAGUUUAGUUCCGGUGAUGAAGAUAAUGUUGAUAAUACCAAGUGGAAAUUAGAGCUUGCUUGGCUCACAAAGGCUCUUGAACCAGCUCUACAAUUGUGUAGGUGGGCUCUGCCAAUAGGAAAUGACGUAGGAGAUAAGCUCCCGUCCAGCACUCGAUCAGUCUCAGAAAUCAUAUCUAGCAUUCAGAAGAGUAAGACUGUCAUUGAAGGUUGGAGCUUGAGUGAUCUUACUCUAGGCCUAUAUCUUAUUUACCUUCGUCAGGCAUCUUUGAAUCCGUUCGAGGAUGUUAAGGGUGUGAAGAUAACAUCAGAUUCCAUUGUCCAAGAUCUGAUAUACCAUAUGGAAUUAGCAAGAGGAUGUUAUAAGAGCAAUGCUGCCAUCCUUGCAAGGACCAGCAUGCUUAGAGAAAGCAAUGUUUUGAAAUUCGUAAAGGACUCUAGUGUAAUGAGGCCCGGAUAUUAUAUAGGAAUUGAUCCUCGAAGGAAACUUGUAAUAUUCGGAAUCCGUGGAACUCAUACCGCUUAUGACCUUUUUACUGAUAUUGUUACAUCAAGUGAUGGGGAUGUUACAUUUGAAGGCUACUCAACUCACUUUGGCACAGCUGAAUCUGCUGGAUGGUUUCUUCAGCAUGAAAUAGGGACAAUUAGGAAGUGCUUGGAGAAAUAUGAGGGAUAUAGGUUAAGGCUGGUGGGGCAUUCACUUGGAGCUGCGACGGCUUCUUUACUGGCAAUUAUGCUUCGGAAGAAGUCAAAAAAGGAACUUGGGUUUAGCCCUGACAUCGUCUCUGCUGUUGGAUUUGCGACUCCUCCUUGUGUAUCCAAAGAACUUGCUGAGACCUGCUCUGAUUUUGUCACAACCAUUGUAAUGCAGGAUGACAUCGUGCCUAGAUUAAGUGCAGCAUCUCUAGCACAGCUGAGGAAUGAAAUUCUUCAAACAGACUGGAUGAGUGUAGUGGAGAAAGCAGACUGGAAAACUGUAGUAGAUUUUGUUACAAAUGCAAAACUGGUUGUGUCUUCCGUACAAGACGUAGCUCGGAAACUUUCUGAUUAUGCGCAUUUUAAUAGUAAAAAAGAAUCUUCCGAUGGUGCCACAAAAACAGAAGCAACAUCUGUUCCUCAGGCGUCUAAAUUUGAAACGAAGAACGUUGCCGUACUAAAAGGUGCCUAUAACGUGCCAUUAUUUGUUCCCGGGACCGUUUACUACCUGAAGAGAAACGUCGAAACCGAUGCCGGAAGCGGUGAUAAUAGGGGCCAAGAGUACUUCACACUUUGGAGGAGAAAUCCAGGGGAACAUUUCCAGAGGAUAGUACUGUCGAACAACUUAAUAUCGGAUCACAGGUGCGAUAGCCAUUUGUACGCUUUACGAGACGUGCUAAAAGGUUUGCCUAUGUCCCAUGAAGAAGACAUAUUCAUAUAAGGAACAGCUUUAGAGAUCAAAAAUCUUUUACACCUUAUAUUGUCUUCAAAUAAAUGCAGGUUGUAAUGUAAUCGAGGUUUUUAUUUUUAUUUAUUUUUACUUUUUUUGCAU